CCUGCAAUGUUAAUUGUGAUGAUUACCCUGGACACUGGAGGAAAUAGCUCCACUGCCGUUCCAAGCGAAUGUCACUAACGGCUACAUAUGAUACCCUUACACACCUAAAGCCAAGCAACCAUAUCGCUGUGUAGGACAAGAAGAAGGCGGUGUAGCUAUUCCAUUACACCCAUAAACAUAUCCAGAAUCAAUCCGAUACCCGCGCAAUUACGAUCUUCACUUCACAUAUCCAGGAUGUCGCCGUCGCAGUAAUGUAGCACCUUUAUCGGCAUUUACACAUUUCGCUUGCGGCAUAAUCCAAUUAUGCCAAUGUUUAUGUUCGAGAGUACGUGAGGAAGUCAUUGCACCAAAAACGUUCCCUUCACUUGAAGCUGUGAAACACGAUGGUCUUGAUCAGACUGUUAGCGGUGUUAGGACUGUGGAACCUGAUGGAAAGAGGAUGUAGUCAGUGUAUCAACUCCGAGCCGAACCAGUACUGUGACGCCGAGGCUGCUGUAGGCGAGUGUUGGCUCAGUGCACUUAUAAACUGUCAGUGCCAGAAGUCCUGCAACUCAAGGCCAGUUUGUCCAGGUGUAUCCAUGGAUCACGACUGUGCUUGUCUGGCAUUUGUUGCAGGGUGCAGCGACCCCCAUGUCAGCACCAGCUGUUAUACCACCUGUGAGCGCAGAGUUGGUGUAGUAUGUCAUUCCCUGCCUACGAUACCUCAUGCGUCCCCGUCCAACCCCAGUCCUUUGUACGGAGACAAGGUGACAUUUUCCUGCGAUGUGGGGUACACCAGGGAGCAGGGAAGUGACGGGUUAAGGAUUUGCAUCCUGGAUGGUAGCUGGGUCGUCAGUAAUAAGACGGGCAUACCGCCUGUGUGCCAGGCGGUCAGUUGUGGUUCUUCUCCUGCAAUAAGGAAUUAUGUUGCAUCAUCUGCCACGGGAGUCUAUCAAGAUACCGUCACGUACGACUGUGCACCGACGUCUGUGAUGGCGGGAGGCGGCGGCGCAAGGCAUGCUUGCAAUGCUUCUGGAGUGUGGGUUAAAGACAGCAGUGACAUCUACCCUCUUUGUGUUGAUGUUACCAACUACUAUCACAGCUCCAGUUCUGAGAUAGACACAGGUGCCGCUCCAACAUUAAGCGUGGUGUCUGCCCGGAGUGGCCUGGACUGUGCUAGGUUUUGUUCGAUCUCUCCCUUCUGUCAAGGAUACACAUACAACAAAACUAACACAGUCUGCAGCCUCAACGUGGGACCGUCUGUUCCUAUAGUCACAGGCAUGAAGAGAGUAUAUAUACAGAAAUAAAACAUCAAAACCAUCUGGAAAUAAGUAUAGUUCAAGAAUUCGAAAGGGAUUUAAGAUGGCAAAACACGAACUGCGUUUGUCUUAUCUCGAUAUGUCAUGGGCCUUUACAUGAUAUUUGUAUUCAGUACUGAUGAAUUUAAUCUAUAUGUUCUGCGUCAAAGCGGGGGUAUGAAUGAAUAAUAGUUUUUCUGGCUGCAAAAACAAUGUUCCAUCUAUUGGUGCAGAGGUCAAACUGGAGGGAAUUUGAUACGAGCUAUCUACCACAGUACAUUUUAUGUCAUGUGACUUCCGGCUACUUCAAGGCGUUCAUUUUGAAAUAUUUAAUAUUAGGAUGUAAUCUGAUAUGUAGAUUCAUAUGAGGGUCAGUUGGUUAUCUAACAUCUGGAGUCACGUGAUCUAUGAAGCAUAAUGUUAAUAAAGCAUGAUUUCCUUCAA